UUAGUAUAUUCGGGGGACAAUUUUUAUUGCAGAAAAUUCAAUUAUUGGCCAGGUUUUAUCCCUUGUUUUUUUAACAUUUCAAGCUACACAAAAUGUAGGUUUAUGUUAAAAUAAAUAAAUACGCAGGGAAGACUUGAAUUUCUCAAGGGAUUCCCUUGUAAGAGUUGCGCGAAAGAGAGCUAGAGUGGGCGACGAAAAGUAAUCGAUAAAAUUAAACAAAUAGAAUAAUCGGUAAAAUCUGGGGUGAAAUAGGACUUCUCUUUCUCAAUCGACAUAGCGAUUAAUAAUGAACAGUAAUGUGUCCAGCUUUCGUUUGGAAAAGUUGCUCGAAUUUUAAUAAGUUCUAAUAUUAUCGAUGGUGUGAGUCGGUACCAAAUAUUCGAUAUAUAGACGUCUCCGCCUCUAUCAACAGAGCAUAUAAAUUGGUAUACCAAAAUUAGCCGAAAUGUCUAAAAAGGCCAAUAUCCCCCUGCCCGACGGGGAAUUGGAUUGGAUACAGUUGCGGCAAGAUUUGGGACCAAUAGCAGAGGUAGAGACUACCAAAGAAAAGCUACAGCGGAAGAUAAAGGAGAAUCCUCUGGUUCCCAUUGGAUGUCUGGCAACUACAGCGGCUUUGACAGCUGGGCUGUAUAACUUUCGCACGGGAAAUCGAAAGAUGUCCCAGCUAAUGAUGCGUUCCCGAAUCGCGGCUCAGGGAUUUACUGUCUUAGCUUUAAUUGUGGGCGUCGUGAUGACUUACUCUGAUAAGAAGUAAAAAUAUUGUCUCUUCGUAAUCAUUAAUGAGAUAGGCUAAAUCAAACAUCAAUCGGGGUUUUUUCUUGAAUUUUGUUAAUAUAUGUAUGUAAAAAUUAAAGAGGUUAUUUAGGACAUUUAUAACGUAAGUGCUUUCUAUUAUAAAUGUGAUAUGGAAACUGUUAUGGGUAACCAAAGUUAAAAUCUGAAAUUAAGAAAAAUAAACUAAAAAUGGUUUCAUAACCGA